CGAAGAGGGGGGAAGAAGCGAGCGUAGUCCCGCCCCUUACACCUCCCCCUUUCCUUUCCCGGGGCCCAGCACACGAGUAGGAGGAGCCUGCCUCUAUUAUUUAUAUUUUGUCUCCCUUUUUAUUUCCUCCCCUCCUUCAAAGUCUAACACGUCCGCAGUGAGUGAGUGGCGUUGGCAGCCUGUCAAUCCGUCACCGGGGCGGCAAGAGCGAAAAAGCGGGUGAAGCAGCCGGAGCCAUAAAUCCCGCCCGGGAGUCCCGGCACCGGCCCCUCCAUCUAUCUCUUCCCCUCAUCCCCUCAGCCGCCGAGGAGGGAAAAAAACUUUUUUUUGAUUGCUGCUCUGAGACAUCAUCAUCAUCAUCCCCACACCGGGCACCUUAACCAUUUCUAGCACCUUCUUAUUACUCCCAUUAAUUCCUCACGCUGCUGCUUCUCCCCCACCCGUGGGCACUAGUUUCAUUAAGAUUUUAUUGACCUAUAUUUGUGCUGAGGUGAAAUAGUUUUUUUUUUUUUUGUACAUAUAUUUGUAUUUGAUUUUUACGACUCCCUCAUUGAUUUGAUUUUUGGACACGACCCUGCAAAGGAGCUACAAUCAGUCACUGAUUAUUUAUUUCUCUUAGAAAGGAGAAUACUACUGGAGCAACUGGAGAUUGGCAGCGAUCUGACGGAGAACACCGUGAAGGAUUGAAGAAUUGAAAAACCCUGGUCCGAUAAAAAAACGCCAAAAACAUAAGGGAUCAAUCAAUGACCAUUGUGGACGGCGCUGAGGGUAAAAAACCCCCAGGAAACCCUUUCCGGAAGUUGAUCUUUUAUCUUGGGGCAAAAUAAUCAGAAUUUUGAUUCAUUUAUCUUCUGGCAAAAUGCACGGAUGGUUUAAGUACUGAAUAGAAACUUUUUUGUUUGUUUGAAAAAUAAUAUUAGUAAAGUGAUUCUUAUAGACACAACAGGAACUGCUGCGAAGGAACAUGUGUCACUGGUACCAAUAGUGACGUAGAGGUUUGUGCUACAUUUUUACAUCUUUUGCAGCAGAGUAUUAUUAUUUUUUCUGAUUUGGAAUGCAUGUUUGGAAUAAAGAACUGAAAUAAAGACUGAAUUUGAAGAACUCUGAAGUAUGUGCUCACUUGCUAGACGAUUGAGAACUGACACCAUGUGAAAGGAAUAAAAACAAAUCAUGCCAUUUGUGCCGUUGUUUUGGAGUAAACUGACCUGCCAUUAGCUGAAGAUUAAAAUUAAAGUUCUGAUACAUGAAGAUCUUGAGUUUUAUUUGCAUCUUGUAAUAUGCCCUCUUUUCGCAUCUACCUUUUUUAGCUGAAUUCUGUGGAAUAAAAACUGGCAGCAGAGAAAAGAAGAAACUUGACCUCUUCGGAAAGAUCAUUUUUUAAAACACGAGUUAAAGGCGAUUGCACCUGUAAUUAAUUUUUACAAAAGCCCUCAUGUUGUGGUUUUGAUAUUUGAUUGGCAUUUUGCAUGGUGGUAUGAAACACUACCACAGACCUUGAUUUUAAACAACUCUAUCCUUAGAGACUGGGUAUCUGUUUGGAUUCUGACAUUGUUGAUGUGUGGGGCAGUAACCCCACCGCGGUGCUGCCACUGGCUGUGAGGUCUCCUUGCAGUCUGUGUUGUCAUUGAUUAGGCUGCAGAGAAGAGUAUGGACGAACAGACCAGGAUGAUGCAGACUUUGGCUGGAGUGGCCAUGGGUGGCCACUCGGUUCCAGGAGGAAUGGCUUUACCUCCUCCUCAUAGUCACGAUGUGGGUGAUGGUGAUGGCAGGAAGCAGGACAUUGGAGACAUCCUGCACCAGAUCAUGACCAUAACUGAUCAAAGCUUGGACGAGGCACAAGCAAAAAAACAUGCACUAAACUGCCAUAGGAUGAAACCAGCCCUCUUCAGUGUCUUAUGUGAAAUCAAAGAGAAAACAGGUCUCAGCAUCCGAGGAGCACAAGAAGAGGAUCCCCCAGAUCCUCAGCUCAUGAGACUAGACAAUAUGCUGUUGGCUGAAGGUGUUUCUGGACCAGAGAAGGGUGGUGGAGCAGCAGCCGCUGCAACAGCAGCUGCCGCAUCUGGUGGCACCUCAGAUAAUUCCAUAGAACACUCUGACUACAGAGCCAAACUCAGCCAGAUCCGACAGAUUUAUCACACAGAACUGGAGAAAUAUGAACAGGCAUGCAAUGAGUUUACAACCCAUGUUAUGAAUCUCCUAAGAGAGCAAAGUCGGACACGUCCCAUCUCUCCAAAGGAAAUAGAGAGGAUGGUGGGCAUUAUUCACAGGAAGUUCAGCUCCAUCCAAAUGCAACUGAAGCAGAGCACGUGUGAGGCAGUCAUGAUCCUACGGUCAAGGUUUCUUGAUGCCAGGAGAAAAAGGCGCAACUUCAGUAAGCAAGCCACAGAGGUCCUAAAUGAGUAUUUCUACUCUCAUCUCAGCAACCCUUACCCAAGUGAGGAAGCCAAAGAGGAGCUGGCAAAGAAAUGCAGUAUAACAGUGUCACAGGUAUCCAACUGGUUUGGGAACAAGAGGAUACGAUACAAGAAGAACAUUGGCAAAUUUCAAGAAGAAGCCAACCUAUAUGCAGCCAAGACUGCAGUGAAUGCAACUCAUGCAGUAGCCGCUGCUGUACAAAAUAACCAGACAAGUUCUCCCACUACACCAAAUUCUGGUUCUUCUGGUUCUUUUAAUCUCCCAAAUUCAGGCGACAUGUACAUGAAUAUGCAGAGUCUGAAUGGGGAUUCUUACCAAGGGGCCCAAGUUGGAGCCAAUGUGCAAUCACAGGUGGAUACCCUUCGUCAUGUUAUCAGUCAGACGGGAGGAUACAGUGAUGUAUUGGGAGGGAAUUCACUGUACAGCCCACAUCACCUUAAUGCUAAUGGAGGGUGGCAUGAGGCAGCAACCCCUUCCUCCGUCACCUCCCCCACAGAAGGGCCGGGCAGCGCAAACUCUGAUACCUCUAACUGAGCGAUUCUCGACAAGCUGAGGGUGCGACCAGGUUGACUGGAGAAGCACAUCUUUGUGGCAAAGCAUCAUCACCAGUCGUUAUUCAUUACACAGUGAAGCAGCAUCCCAGCUCUUGGAACGAGUUCACUUCUGCUCACACAAAGAGAGGAUAAAAUCGUCCCCAUGUCUAGCUACUGCUUAUCCUGAUUUGCGUAUGGACCUACAAACCUCGCUGUAAAACCCAACCAGGAGAAUCUGCAGGAUUCUGUUAAACCCCUAAUGUUUUUGCAAAUAUCACCAUAAUGAAAGCACUUUAUCCAAUUGGGCCAAAAUCCAAAAUAAAAUCUGUAAAAAGAUCUCCAGUCCACAUCAGCACUUUUUGAUUAAAUAACUAAAUCAAAUGGAUAGUAGGCGCCUUAAAGCAAAAUGUUUGCAUACAUCCUUCUUUUAAAAGAAGUUUUUUUAGAAGUUUAAUUAUUAUUCUUAAAAAUGCAUUACUCGGUGGGAUUAGUUGAAGAUGCAUCAGCUAUUUGAAAUUCAUUUUCUGUGGUUGUGAAAUCAAUCCAUACCAUUGCUCCGAAACUCAGUACCCAUAUACUAACUUUUAAUAUGGACAGGGCUACAAUGUCCAUCAUCCCUCCCUAACUGAUAAAGAUACGUUGUUGUUUGGGUGUGCUGAAGGUUGCCUGUCUCAUACAUGCAAAUAACUUUUAUUAAUGCUAAGAAAAAAUGAGAUAUGAUUACAACCGUAUCAGUCAUUUAGGAAACACAUUAGAAUAGAAUUGUGAAAUAUCAAUAGCAAAAGCAAUCAAAACAGGACAAGAACCUUACUGUUUUUAAUGUAUAUAUUUAUUAUCUCAUAGUGAAUGUCCCCUCAACAGAUUUCUACUCUUUAGAUGGCAAGGUGACCAUUUUAUACCACACUAAGGGGGUUAUUUAUUAAAGUCCAAAUGCUUAAAGUUUUUUUUACUAUAAAAUCAAAAUUUUUAGUCGGGAAAAACCCUCAAAUUUUGGGAUUUAUGAUACCCAGAGAAUGGAAAAA